GGAAUGGAUUAUAUAACAUCAGCCGAUCGUGAUUGAUGUACGUACAUUAGGGGUAGAAAAGUACAAGGACGAACCAAAGUGCACGGUAGAAGUUAUAGGAGUUACAAAUAUUGAGCGAAAUUUGGAAGCAUUGAAAAUGUACUUCAAGAACACUAAACGGUCUGGAGGAGGAAAUAUCCUAAAAUGUACAACAAGAAACGAUUUGGUUUGCAUAACUUUUGAAUCUGGAGAAGUUGCACAGCGUGUUGUAAAUAAGAAAGAUCACUCUUUGGCUGGCCAGGAACUAUGUGUAGCAUUCUGUGAACCGGAGGAGAAAUCUGGAGCAGGAGAGGAAAAUCGAAGAAAGAUACUACUGUCAAAUAUACCGAAAAAUAUUGAUAAAGAGUUUAUUGCAUUGUAUCUAGAAGACAUGGCCGAGUCAACAGACAUUCACGUAGAAAAAGUCAACAUAGAUUCUGAAGAUGAAUCAGCUGUUGUGGAAUUUACUGAACAGAUAGCUGCAGACACGAUUUUGAAACACAAGGAGCUAAAGAUGAAAGAGAAAACAAUAUUGGUUGAAGCCUAUAGUGAAAAGAAAGAAACAUUCUGUACAAUAGAAGUGACUGGAUCAUCUGAUAUAGAGAAGGAAAUGGACAAACUGCGACUAUAUUUUAGGAAUAUGAGACGUUCUGGUGGAGGGACUAUUGUUGAUUCAUGUUGUAAAAGAGAUAUUGCAUAUUUUACAUUCGAAAGCGAGGAGGUUGCAAGAAGAGUUGUUAAUACUGAUCACAGCAGGCAAGAACUAACGGUAAAAUUGAUGAAAGAAAAGGCACAGCCGUUGGUUGAUAAUUCAGCAGAUAUACCGAGCAGUACUGUCAGAGUUAGAGGAGUCACAAAAGAUAUAAAAAGAGAAACUCUUUCAUUUUACUUCGAGAGUGAACGCCAUUCUGGUGGUGGUCAGAUCGAGUCAUUAUCAUCUGAUGAAGAUGAUAAUAGCAUGGUUUAUGUCCAUUUUGCCAGCAAUAGAGUUGCAAAACGGGUUGUUGAGAAAGAUCAGACGCUACAGGGAAAGUCGUUACGUGUAAGUCUGCACAAUCCUCUGCCGUAUUACGACAACAAAAUAUUGAUAAAAGGUCUGAAAAGCACAACUACAAAGGAUGCACUGAUACUCUUUCUCGAAGCAAGAGCUGGUGUGGAACCUAUCAGCAUUGACUAUCAUGAAGAAGAGGAAGACACAGUCUUAGUUACAGUAAAGAACAAGCUAGAUUUUAAAACAAUAGAAAAAGCAUGUCACGAAAGAAAAUUAGAGGGAGCUUGUUUGACUGUUUCUAGAGUACACGUAUCUAACUGUAUUUUGGUAUCAAACCUGCCAUCCCAAACGUCUAAAGACAUGAUUUUGUUCUAUUUUGAGAACACCAAAAAAAAACGGAGGUGGAUGUAUAGAUAAAAUAGUGAUGAACGAGACUGACGAAAGCUGUUUAGUUUAUUUUGAAGACUACAAAGUUAUUGGGAAUGUUGUUAAACAGCGUCAUGAGUUAAGAGGCAAAAUACUUGACGUGAAAUGUUUCCAGCGUGCUUUAGGCCGUGCCGAAGGGGAAAAAGAGAGAACACUCCAAAUACCACGUCCGAUUGAAGUGCAA